AUGAAACUUAUUAAUGGAAAAAAGUGCAAAAAAAGACCUCAAGUUGCAGCAUAUAAUGCGUUGGAAAAUCUUUAUGAUAUAUCUACCUGUAGAUGCAAUUUAGACGAAGUUCCCUGCUAUGAUGAUAAGGAAUCAUCAUCAGAUUCAGAAUAUAAUGAGUCAAUUGCUAUUUCAACAUAUAAUUUAAGAAAGCUGGAUAACUUUGCUUUAGAGUGUGUUCGGUAUGCGAUAUCGAGUGAAGCUGCUGCAGCUCUUGGUAAUGGACUUUUAAAAGAUCUUGGAGUUAUUACUAAAACUGAUAAAACUGAUGUUUUAGAUAAAAGUAAAAUGAAUCAAGCUAAAAAAAGGGUUUGUCUUCAGUCUGUUGCUGAACACAAUAUCAUAGUGCAAAAUCUAUCAUGUAUUGGAUGUGACAGUAAGGAUGAUAAAGGUAGCCUGGUUUAUAGAAGUAUGUUGCCAGAUAGUAUUAGCAAAAAAAAUAAAUUAAUAGAAAAGUCUACUUUUGAAGUGUUAAAACAAUACAACAGUGUUGAUUCUUUGUUAGGAAUUGUUUUUGACAUUACAAAUGUCAACACUGGAUAUAAAACUGGCCUUUGUGCUAGCCUUGAAAGAAAACUUGGCAGAACAAUUCAUAAAAUUGGCUGUGCACUUCAUAGCAACGAGUUACCUUUGCGCCAUAUUAUAGAACAGCUAGAUGGCGGUACAAACACUCCGCAAACCUUUUUUGAUGAAAUUGGAAAAGGUGCAGCACAAGACCUUCAUCAUAAACCCAUUGCCAAAUUCGAACCUGUUUUGACUUCUUUAGUUUUUCCAGAAAAUAGUGUGAUCAAUGACUUAAGUUCUGAUCAAAGGUUAUUGCUGGAAUAUGUGUGUGGUAUAAGUUCAGGUGUUGUAAAUCCAGUUUACGCUCAUUAUAAAAUUGGUCCAGUUAAUCAUGCUAGGUGGCUGACAUUAGCAAUACGUAUUUUAGUUUUGCAUUCAAGAACAGAACAACCUACUCCUGUCCUUAAAGAGAUAGUAAAUUACAUACAGACAGAGUAUGGCCCCACAUGGUUUGCUAUUAAAAGAUCAAAGAACUUUACUGAAGCGCCAAAAAUUUUAUACACAACAUUAAAAAAUAUAAAAAAUUUUAGCCAAACUAUACAAGACAUUAUACUACCUGUUGUUUUAAGAAAUGUGUAUUGUCUUCUUCCAGAAAACUUUCUUUUAUCCCUUUUUGUUGAUGAUUUGAAAGAUACGAAACAGAGCAGUUAGGCUGAUUUUAAAAUGUCGAGAUAAUCCUCCGGCUGAUUUGAAAAAUACAAAACAGAGCAGUUAGGCUGAUUUUAAAAUGUCGAGAUAAUCCUCCGGCUGCCCCAGUUGAUAGAAUAUAUGGUGGUAUCAGAAUUAACAAAAUCCCAAAUAUUGGAAAUCUUGAAAUUGAAUGUGACACAUGGGCAGAUCUGCUUUUUGAUGAUAAACUGAUCUAUGAACCUCCUGCUACUAAGAACCUGACUUAUCUGGAACUACUCAAUACAAUUGAAUGUAAACCAGAUCCUUGUGAGCUUGGUUGGGACUUUCCGCUACAUAGUCAGUCUGUUGAGCGUGCUGUAAAGCUUGUUUCUGAGGUUUCAAAAAAAGCCUAUUCUUUACAGAAUAGACAUGGUUUAGCAGUAGGGAAGCAAAAAAGUCGAAUAUCAAGAAAAAAGUUUUAUUCAAAAAAAGAUUACGAUAUA